AUGGUUGACACUGAGAUGCCUUUCUGGCCCACCAACUUUUCCAUCAGCUCUGUGGAUCUCUCGGUGGUGGAUGACCAUUCACACUCCUUUGACAUCAAGCCCUUCACCACGGUGGAUUUCUCCAGCAUUUCUGCUCCACAUUAUGAAAACCUUCCCUUCACAAGACCAGACCCGAUGGUAACUGACUAUAAGUAUGACCUGAAGCUCCAAGACUAUCAAAGUGCCAUCAAAGUGGAGCCUGCUUCCCCACCUUAUUACUCUGAAAAGACUCAGCUCUACAAUAAGUCUCAGGAAGAGCCUUCCAGCUCCCUCAUGGCAAUCGAGUGUCGUGUCUGCGGAGAUAAAGCUUCCGGCUUCCAUUAUGGAGUUCAUGCUUGUGAAGGAUGCAAGGUUAUUUUGUCCUGUUUAAUGUAUGUGUCUUUAAAACAUCAUAGAAAAGGUGACACUCAUCACCACCCGGAAACGAAGGGCUGA